GCGAUAGCGCGCGCUGCAUGCUGACAUGAUUGUAGUCGUAGCACCGGCCCUGUAAUGCCUCGUUGCACAUUCCUGAUAUAGUCGCAAACUACUACGCUUUUCAUUCCAUCUUCCAGCAUGAAUAAGCAGCCAUUAUGAUAUCCUGAAGGUAUCAGGCAAGCCUGUAGACACAUCAAGGCUUUUUAGUUUUGAAAUCAGCGCAGCCAGGGCUGUCUGUUCGGCGGUGUGUGAUGAUGUUUUCCAGGCGGGGGAUAUUCAGGAAUUUACGGUACCUCCUCAUCUUCGUUGCCGCACUUUCCGUGACUGCACUGUUGUUCACCGUGGGUGACAUACGGAAUGUCUUUGGCAGAAAAUCUGAUUAUCGGUCACUGGGCUUCCACAUUAAUGGGGAACCAUCGAUUGGCGCAAAGCAUCAUGGGAACAAUAACAGCGACAGCAGGCAACCAUCCAGAAUGAGAACUCAGAUAGCGGUAGAUGUGCAUGAAUUGGGGCUAAAUCAACCAUUGACGAAGUGUCUCGCAUUGAAGGACAUACCUCAUCUAGUGAACGAUCGGCCGAUGAAUCUGACUGCUGGCAUACCGAUGCACGAGUUGGAAAGAACGAUCUUCCCUGAUCACCCAGAGCGAAUCCGAGAUGUAGUGUCCCGAGGCAACCGGGAGUUACUGAGUCUACUGUAUACCGCCGCCAACUCACCCCAGAUCAACGGCUCACUCAUUAUGGAGGGCUUGGCUUCGCUACAAGUCCGUAGCGGGGACUAUCAUUACCUACCUGGUGGACACUGGCGACCAGCUUCCUGUGUACCAACAUGGAAGGUCGCCAUUGUUGUUCCGUACAGAAACCGAACCGUUCAGUUGUCGAUAUUUUUGCGGUAUAUGAUUCCGUUUCUACAAAAACAGCAACUGGAGUUCGCCAUCUACAUAGUGAACCAGGAGAGUGAUAUUUCCUUCAACCGCGGAAUGCUGCUCAAUGUGGGUUUCCUAGAAGCGUUGAAUUUCUCUCACUGGGACUGUUUCGUCUUUCAUGAUGUGGACCACCUACCACAAAGCGAGUUUAACCCUUACGGGUGUGUGGAUCUACCGAGGCAUUUCAUUGGCGGGGCCGACAACCGGAACUACAAGGUACCCUACUCGACUUCUUUUGGCGGGGUCAACGGCUUCACCACCCCACAGUUCUGGCAGAUCAAUGGUUUCCCCAACGUCUACUGGGGUUGGUGUUGUGAGGAUGAUGAUCUAGAAGUGCGCGUACGCACAGCUCGCCUCAAGAAGACACGAUACGCGGGAACAGUGGGGUAUUACAAAGCCAUCAGGAUACAUCAUGACAAGAUCAAGAAGGGACUAGGAGAACUAGAAAAAACAAAUCGAGUGUUUCUCAAGACUUUGCGAAGUCGCUUAAAAACAGACGGGUUGAACAAUCUGAAGUAUGACACGCCCCAUCUGGAGCUGCAUGCAUUAUACACAAACAUCUCAGUGAACAUCAAGCAUUCUUAGUUCGGCAAGACUCUUUAGAACUGUUUUCUGUUUACAGUUGCAACAAUCAAUGUGUUGCUGUGUCAAUCGUAGGCGGGGUUAGUACUCAAAAGAGUCAUGCAUGAAUUCAUGGCGCUGGAGGAUUUUUUUAAGGGAAGUGAAGUCCGGAAACCAUUCCGUUACCAACUGUCGCAUGCGUAUUAUGGUCAUUGCAUACGGGGCCCACUAAUCAGCUUACUUAUCAUGUGACCUCACUUGACGAUAUUUAAAUGAGUUGAUACUUACGCUGCCGCACGUGGUUAUUUUUUGGGGGAACCCAAUUGGUUGAAGAAGGGCGCGUUUACAACCUGAUGCACGCAAAGCCUGCGUACACUUAACCUUUUUAUUCAUUUUAAAUUUAGAAAUUAAUUUUCUAAGGGUAUUAUUUUGUAACUAACUUACCAUUCUGUUUGUAUUUGAAGACACUGUAGGUGUGUCAAUGUCGUUGUAGGGGGUGGGGCGAUUGAGACCACGAUCAAGAAUGAAGAAUGUUUGGUUCAGUAUCAAAUAUUCCAAUCAAACAAGCGGCCAUUGCAUGGCCUCUUAAGAAGGCCUGCACUUCGAUUCUGGGGUGCUUGUGUAAAAUGAUAUCUCCCAUGUGGUUUUCGUGUCAAAGAAUGAAACAGUUCGGAUUCACUUGACCUGCAAUGGUUAUAGAUGAACGUCUUGAAGCUAGAUCACUCGUGCAAAUAUACUGAGCCUUAAAUGUUACUGAUAAGCAAUAGUAAAUCAAGGAUGCAAUAGGUAUUUUGCAACUUUAUUUUGCAAGUUCCUAAUGAUAAAACCAGACGUAAUUCUAAUGUAUAUUUUUGUAUUGUAUACUAUUUGUGCCUUGUCAGAUCAAAUCUAACUGCUGAAUUAAUUCUCUUGUAUAUACUAUGAAGUUAACAUUACAUCUGUAUAUCUGUUGGCGGCGUUUGUUGGUGAACAUUGUUUAAAAGAGUAAAUUAUACAAGUUCUUUUUAUACCCAAGUCUUUUGGUACCGGGUACCAUGAAAAAAAAAUACCUAGCAGGUGUGUGCCUAAAUUGGGCGUUCUCGACUACUUCGUUCUUAUCACGGAAUCGCCAUGUUGAAAUGAAACCGAGGCCACUAGCCAAGCAAAGAACAUCUCUCUCUGUAAAUGGUGGCCAAAGCUUGCCAGCCUCUUUUUUUUGCAAAUGCUGCACGUGAACCCUCGAGAACUGCGAGAUUUGGUAGGAAAACAGUGAAAACGAAACCGCUUCUUGAAAUCGUACCUUUGGUCAACAAGCUUCAUGCAGUUUUUCAUUUUAUUUUUAAAGAUGGCCUCCAAGAGGUUAAUGAUGCAAUCUUAAAAACUUUGAUUUUCAUCAUUAAAUUGAAUUUUAUGUGUAUUUGUGUGUAUUUAGAUUUUCCUUACUCUGCAAAUCUGUGCAAAUAUUCAUUGUUGAUUUUGAUUCUAAAAAAAAGUUAGCCCAUUUGUAAUGAUCUCUACAGCAAAGAUCAUUAUUGCACAUGCAGUCGGGGCGAGACUUAAAAGUUUAAGGCACUGUUCAAUGUAUAGCCAGAGUAAUUGAUCCAUUUUGGGAAUAAGCCCUAGCCCACCUCAGUCCUCCAAAAUCCUCCUGGUGGUUUUGAAGGAUUUUAGAGGAUUGAGGAUGAAUGGAGUUGAAGCACAUGAGGAUUUUGGAGGAUUGAGGAUGAAUGGUGCAUGUUUGAAGAAGAGGAGGAUUUUGGAGGAUUGAGGAUGAAUGCACUUGAGGGGCAGGACUGUCUUACGAUUUUGUAGGAUUGAGGUGCUGGGUAUCCUUCAUUUGGACAUAAGUGCACAAUUUUGGCGGAUUUUGGAGGAUUGAGGAUGAUUUUAAUUAUUCAGUAGUUAAGAUUCACGGAUAUGGAUUCCUGAAACGAGCAUAGGAUCAAAAAAACGUUUAUGAUCCAUAGGAAAACGUCUUUUUGUCAUGAAUUGAAAAUUUCCUAUUUUUUUCAUGUCUAACUCUUUUGGGUUUUUAUUGUUCUGGGUGUUACACUAUAGAUGGGAAAAUUAACUGAAAUAAACUGACUUUCCACUUCAUUAUUUUUGCUAACUAGGAUUUUAUUUCGAUCUUUUAUUUUGGUUUAGAGGUUUGAAUAAUUCUAUCAUUCCUUUUUAGUUUAUUUAUGUUGACAACGUUCAAAGAAUAAAAAAAAAGUAAAAAAUAAAUGGA